GAAAAGAAUCUAAAGUGGCAAAACUUUAACAAAAGACGUUCAACUUUACUAAUUUCCUUCCAUUUACACUACUUCCGCUACCUCGAGCAAAAAAACAGAGAGAUGAUCUAAGGCUCUCUCGAUCUGGUUCCAACACAAAAUGGAAACUUCUAAGAACUCCACAAACACAUCACUAUUCCAAUGGUUAGGUCUUUUAGAAGAUUCUGAUCAGCCUUCUGAUUCUACCCCUCCUCGAGUCAUAACCCUUCUCGCUUCUAUCCUUGAGAAGAUGAUCCAGAAGAACAAAAAACCACACCACACAAGACACAACAAGGAUGACGAGAUCACUAUGUUCCACGGAUCAAAAGCACCAUCGAUGAGCAUUUAUCGUUACACAGAGAGAAUCCAUAGGUACGCUCAGUGUAGCCCUGCGUGCUUCGUCACAGCUUUUGCUUACAUCAUUAGGUAUUUACAGAGACCAGAGGCUACAAGUAUGCCUCGUCGUCUCACGUUACUCAACGUUCACCGUCUUCUCAUUACCAGUCUCUUGGUAGCAGCCAAAUUCUUGGAACGCAAGUGUUAUAACAACGCGUAUUAUGCGAAAAUCGGAGGAGUGAGCACUGAAGAGAUGAAUACUCUGGAGAGGACGUUCUUGUUCGACGUUGAUUUCAGACUAAAUAUUACAACGGAGACUUUCGAGAAACACUGUAUCAUGUUGCAGAGAGAAACGGUGCCUUGUGACUCAAGAAAACUCAGAACAGUUCUUGGAGAGAUAACUUGUGGCUGCCAAGCGAUUUAAUAUAUAACAAACCCCAAAAGAGGGAAAAAAAGAAACAUUGUUUAGAUCGUCUUUUCAUCAGUUUGUUGUCAACCUAAUGUGUUUUGUCAUUGAUUCAUCACUCAUGUGCAAUAACCUAAAAACAAGAACUAAAACCUAGUGAAGUUUGGAAUCUAAACAAUUCUUUUCUCA